AUGCCGGCAACUCGUAAAAAGUUUGCAGCCUGCGACCCGUGUAGGGCUGCCAAAGUGGCGUGCGACCACGCGCGACCGGUGUGCAUUCGGUGUCAGAACCAAUCUCGGCAGGCCGAGUGCGUCUACCGCGCCUCGCCGUUCAAGAAGACGAAGCGCGCCCCGGAGAAGAGCACUACUCCGGCGACACCCGGACUUAUGAGCAGCCACACGCCGGGCAGACGGCAGAGCUUCGCCGCCAAUGGCAGGACGCCCGUCCUGGGAGGCGAUGCCGUCGCUCCCAAGCCGCAUAGAUACCCAAACCCCGGCUAUCUAGGCUCGUUUAGCUCCACCACCUUGUUCGGGAACCUGCCGGAUGGGCGGGACCCGGUUCUAGGCGACGUCGACGGCCACGGCGUCAACUCGGACAACCCGGUGCGCGAGGCCAACGUUACGCGCGGCGCGGGUCUCAUAAAGCAGAUCGAGGCCACCGUCUCCAUCGAGUCCUGCUGCAGCCUGAUUCUGGCGUGGACGGCCCGCGGCUCCAGUCUGCCGCUGGCGGGCCCCUUUCUGGACCACUGCAUUGGGACCAUGCGCCAGCUGUUUCCCAACCAGGGCCAGACAGCCGUCGCGAGCACGGAGCUGUCGCGGAGCCUCUUUCAUCACACCAGUCUCCCGAUCGAUAUGGCGUCUAGCACGACGCUGCAUGAUUUUCAAGCACAAUUUGGCCACCAAAGGUGCCGAUGGGAGACAUUUGGCUUCUUCUUCACGGCGGCUUCGAGGGCGGCGAUUGAAAUGUCCAAGUUUGAUUCGGCGCGGGAAUAUCGAGACUUGCAGCGGCUGGGUAUGAACCUGUCGGAUCUCAGUCUCGACAUUGCCUUGUCACUGGAUUGUUUAAACGACUUGCAGCUGGUUUUGCAAUACGAAAACUGGAUUCUUCAUUCUUUCGUCGAUGGCGACCAGAGCUAUCACUCUUGGAAGAGACUAGGAGACGUCAUCAGCUCUAUAUAUGCUCUGGGUCUGCACCAACAGUCAAACAAUGACCAUAGUAGCUUGCCACCUUUUUUGCUCGAGCUCCGGCGGCUCACUUUUGCCCUCACAUAUUCUGCCGACAAGAAUGUAUCCAUAUUCCUAGGACGGCCGCCGCGCAUACACCUCAAGUAUUGCAAGCUCAUACUACCCCGCAGCGAUCGCGCUGUCGAGCCGUGGCGGACAACUUGGCCGCAAGACAUGCCAUUUGACUACGUCGCCGACAUUCGCUGGGGUGCACUCUGUGGUAUCCUUAAAGAAGACAUUAUGGAGCUCUUUAGCCUCGAGGGUAUCAAUGAUGGCCACCCCAAGGUCAGGGAAAUCUACGACAAGGCACAUGCACAAUGGCAGGCUCUGCCUCCGCACUUUCGUCUUGAGAGCUCGCUGAAGCAGUGCAACCAAGCGCCGAUCGUACGCGACUUUAUCCUCAACGCGCGCCUCAAUCAGCUUCACAUUCUCUUCCUCCUCCGCAUGGCCGUGGCCCGAUCGCGGCCCGAGUCCGACGCGGAGCUCGUCUCCAUCGCCGCCGAGAUCCUGACUCUGAUUGUCGAGGCGCUCAUGCAAAAGGACUACCUCGUCAACUCCAACACGUCGCUGGUGUGGAAGGUGGCCUACUACGGGCUGUCGGCCGCGGGCGUCAUCAGCCUGUGGCUCCUGCACGAAUCGUCCAAAACGCAGCCGCACCCCAACGUCGACACGUCCAAGGUCUUUCAGAGCCUCAGCGUGCUCGUCCUCGAGAUGGAAACGGGCGUGCUCAUAGAGACGGACGACCCCAACUACAAGCUCCUCGUUGACGCCUCCAAGACGAUUGGCUGCCUACUUUCGCGCCUCAUCCUCGGCCGCGUGGCGCCGCCGCAGAGCGGAGAGGCAGUCGUGGGUGCAAUGACGGCAGCGGGCAGCACGGCGGCCAAGUCGCCGUCGGCGGCCAUGAUGGAGACGCACGAUGUGGCGGCGGCGCAAGGCGGCUGGAACGCGUGGGACGGUCAGACCCUCCACGAUUUCGAGUCGGAUUUCUGGCUGAAUCUGGCUGAGCAUCCGUUCCUAGCUGGAGGUGGAGGUAAUGACUUGUAG